AUGAACGAGUUCCAGCGCGUGAACCAUUUCCCUGGGUCUACCGAGCUCACUCGCAAGGAUCGGCUGUGGGUGAACUUCAGAGACAUGGCACAGACAUUUGGCGAUGCCUUCGACUUUGUGCCGCAAACUUUCGUUCUGCCUGGGCAGAUGCAGGAGUUUCUCGAUUGCUAUCAAAAGAAGGGUGGUCUCUGGAUCGUGAAGCCCAACGCCUCAUCCAGAGGUCGUGGAAUCUUCGUCCUACGAGAUGUGGCAGAUCUUCCCAUUGACGAGAUGUCAGUAGUCUCCCGAUACGUGGAGAAUCCUCUGCUCAUCCAGGGCUUGAAGUUUGACCUUCGCGUGUAUGUGCUGGUGACCAGUUACGAGCCCCUGCGCGCCUACAUCUACCGGGAAGGCCUCGUGCGCUUUGCCUCCAAGCCCUACAGCAAAGACCCAAAGCAUCUGACAGAUGCCUACCGCCAUUUGACCAACUACUCCAUCAACAAGGGAUCUUCUAGCUUUGUGGAGAACUCCGAGGUUCAGGCCGACAACGUUGGCCACAAGUGGAGCAUAUCUGCAUUGAACAAGCACCUGAGGUGUACUGGGGUAGACGUCGAGCUCAUGUGGACUCGCAUCAUGGACGCCAUCGUGAAGUCUCUUCUAUCCGUGGAGCCAGUGAUCGGUGCCCGUACCAAAGCCACAGUAAAUUACAGUCACAACUGCUUCGAGCUGUAUGGCUUCGAUGUGUUGGUAGACCAAGACCUGAAGCCUUGGCUCUUAGAGGUCAACCUCAGCCCAAGCAUGCAGGCAGACUCCCCCUUGGACUGGCAGAUCAAGAGCUCCUUGCUGUCGGACUCCUUCAACCUUGUUGGCAUCAACAAGGUGAGCAAGCAGCGCCUGGCAGAAGCAACAAGGGCAAAGUCAAAGGUAGUAAAAGUGCCUGGCAAACCUCCAGGACCACCGGAACGCAGGAGGCGACAUUACGUGUCUGGGCGAUCGGUGCUCCGACAACAAGAGCGCGAAACUGAAGAGGACGAGGACUGCACAGAAGACUGGCCGUCAGUUCCUUUGGGCACGUUGGACGUGGAGGAGUUGCGGAGCACAGCGAACGCUUUGCUCGAGUGCACCAGGAACCGGAACUUCAUCCGCUUGUAUCCGACUAGGAAGGCGGUUGAUCGUUAUGCCAUCAUCGUUGACAGCCAGGAGGCCAUGAAGCCUUGGCCACGUGGCCGAAAGCCGGCAGUUGAAAAGCUGACCGCAUCCCAAGUCCUGGCUUCCCUGCUUUUCGGCCCUCCGCCAAGCCACGGGAAGGUUCUGACGUGCCGGCCGCGGUCCAGAGCGAUCCUGUGCCCUUGCCUCAGACAAGGUUGA